AUGACUGAACCAACUCUCGAUGAAUUGAAACAACAACGUGCUUCAACCAGGGGAAGCAUUACCCGUAUUAAAAAUAUCGUGGAAUCCAGUUCAAACGUCUUAACUGCAACUGAACUGGAGUGCCGCCUUGGGAUUUUAGAAUCCUAUUUCAAACAAAUUUUGGUUUAUCAAACAAAAAUUGAAGUUUUAGUUCCUAAUGACACUAGCAGAGGCGAAAUAGAAGAUUUAUAUAUCACAGCAAAAACAAAAAUUCUUUCACUUUUGGGAACAAAUAGGCGGAGUAGUGUUGCAGAUAUGACUUUAGGUAUUCCACAUUCAACUAGCCAUCUUCCGAAACAACGUUUACCAAGGUUCAGUGGGAAAUAUUCGGAUUACAAGAACUUUAUAAAUUCUUUUAACAAUCUUGUAGAAAACGAUUCAAGUUUAACAAAAAUUGAGAAAUUUAAUUAUUUGUUGUCGUGUCUGACCGAUCAAGCUCUUGGUACGGUUAAGGCCUAUCAAGUUACAGAAGAUAAUUAUUCGAAAGCGCUUCAAAGUUUAAAGGAUCGUUAUGAUAAUGACUGUCUGAUCUUCUUAGAAUACAUUUCGCAACUUAUUGAAUUACCAAAGGUUUCAAAGGCUUCUUCAGUUUCGUUACGGAGUUUAGUGGACGAUAUUUCUGCACUAUUCAGUUCCUUGCUUUCGAUAGGUUCAUACGAAAAUAUAUGCAAUGCAAUUAUAAUCCACAUUGCCAUAUCAAAGGUGGACCAAGACACACAGUCUAAAUGGGAUGAGCAACUUGACUACAGGAAGUUGCCUGAAUGGAAGGAAUGUGCAAGCGUGCUCAACAAACGGUGUCAGUUCCUGGAGGCUAGAGAUAGUAAACAAAGUCGUUCGGAUUCAACUUUAAAACCAGCCAUCAAAUCAAGGCCAACUUUCGUGAACCAUCAUCGACCUCAAACUUCGCUAGCUGUUAGCCAACGAUCCUGCACUCAUUGCGGAGACAAGACCCAUUUGAUUACAAGUUGUAAAACUUUUCUCGAGCUGUCGGUCAUGGAUCGCUUUUGGAAAUCCAAAAAAUUAGGUCUAUGUUUGAAUUGCUUAGUUAAAGGGCAUAAUGUUUCUAGGUGUCCAUCGCAUUUUAAGUGCCAAGUUUGUAAACAACCACAUCAUAGUCUUUUACAUAGAAAUAAAACAGAUCCUGUUAUUGUUGGUACUGAUGCUCAACAACACACACCUCAGCCAACUUCGUCAGCUGCAGUGCACUCGGCACUGGAAAGGGAGCGUAUUCCUGAAGGGCAAGUCAUACUGGCAACUGCUUUAGUUCUCGUAAAAGAUGCAUCAGGAGGUUUUCAGUUGGGUAGGGCUCUACUUGAUUCAGGUUCUCAGGUAAAUUUUAUAAAUGAGAAAUUCGCUAACUCACUUGGACUACAAAAGGACAAAAAGGUAGUGGACAUCAUAGGAAUUGGUACAACAGAAACAAAAACAAAACAUCAAACACAAACUACAAUUCGCUCAAGAUAUUCCAAUUUUGAAAUAACUCUUGAAUUUUUAGUCGCCCCAUCAAUCACUGGAUAUCAGCCUGAAGCAGCGCUUAAUGUUAGCAAUUGGAAUCUUCCGCUGAACUCAGAGCUUGCCGAUGAGAGUUUUAAUCAACCUAGUCAAAUAGAUUUGUUGUUAGGGGCAGAAGCAUUUUUUGAAUUACUCGAAUCAGGUCAAGUUAAACUGGGCAACGGACUGCCGUCAUUGCAAAAAACAGCUCUAGGAUGGAUUGUAUCGGGAAGAUACAGGACAGAACUCAACAACAAGAGAAAAUCAUGCUUCAUCAAUUCAAAAGAAGAUUCACUUCAUAGAUACGUUGAAAAAUUCUUUGAACUAGAAGAGAUUCAGGAUCUUAAAUGCAAAUGGUCUGAGGAGCAAACUGAAUGUGAAUAUCAUUUCAGAAAUACUGUGGAGGUUCUUCCAAGUGGUCGUCUUAUGGUUCAACUGCCUUUGAAGAAAGAUCCUUCUUGUGUUGGAACUUCUUAUGACAUCGCAUUUCGAAGGUUUUUAUCUCUUGAGCGCAGAUUAUCUAAAAAUACAGCUUUGAAAACACAAUAUGUCGACUUCAUGAAAGAAUAUGAGUCUUUAGGUCAUAUGUCGCUGGUAUCCAAUCCAAAUCUUGAACAAACUCAUUAUUAUUUGCCACAUCAAUGUGUAGUACGUCCUGAUAGCGUGUCUACAAAAUUACGCGUAGUUUUCGACGCGUCUUGUCGCACUUCUUCGCAAAUUUCCUUAAACGGAAUUCUCAUGGUCGGUCCUACAAUACAGGAUGAACUUCUCAUCACAUUAAUUCGUUUUCGAUUAUACAGAUAUGCCUUGACUGCAGACAUAGUCAAAAUGUAUCGACAAGUCUUGGUUCAUCCAUCGCAUAGAAGUUUGCAAUACAUUUUGUGGAGAGAAAAUCCACAAACUCCUAUAAAAACAUACCAAUUAAACACCAUCACAUAUGGUACUUCAUCGGCUCCGUUCCUGGCAAUUCGUUGUUUGAAAUUCUUGGCAGAUACCAACCAAGAUCGCUUCAGUUUAGGUGCUUCAUGUCUUAGAACAGACUUUUAUGUGGACGAUAUGCUAACUGGGGCAGACGAUUUAGAAACGUUAACUCGCAAAAGGAACGAAGUAGUCGCCAUCUUGAAUUCUGCUGGAUUAGAGCUGUCAAAAUGGAACAGCAAUCAUUGUUCCUUGAUUCAAGAAGCUACAAGAAAAGAAUUUAAGCUUACCGAAUCAAACCUUACAAGUACUUUAGGUAUAGCUUGGAAUCCUAGUACUGAUCAGUUCAGUUUUUCGUACAAACCGAACCAAACAUAUACGAGGUAUACUAAAAGAUCGAUUCUCUCACUUGCGUCUUCACUUUUUGAUCCAAUGGGUUUGCUUAGUCCCAUCAUCAUUCGAGCAAAGAUAGUUCUCCAGCAGCUUUGGAUAGAAAAGCUGGAUUGGGAUGACUCCAUUCCAGAAGCAAUCGAAGCAGAAUGGCGUCAAUUCAUCAAUGAUCUUCACUCACUACAAAAUUUGAAUACGCGUCAAUGA